ACUGUGUAUUUAAAAUGUCUGUAACAUUACAUACCAGCUUAGGAGAUAUAAAGAUAGAACUUUACUGUAAGGACGCCCCUAAAGCUUGCAAGAAUUUUUUGGCUUUGUGCGCCUCUGAUUACUACAAUGAGACAAAGUUUCACAGAAAUAUCGAGGGAUUCCUAGUUCAAGGAGGUGACCCUAGUGGGACAGGCAAGGGAGGCGAAAGCAUUUACGAUACGCCAUUUGAAGAUGAGAUAGUACCACACCUAAAGUUCGACAAGAGGGGAGUUGUAGCAAUGGCAAACCCUGGAAAGCCAAACUCCAACGCAUCGCAGUUUUUUAUAACAUACUCCAAACAAGCACACCUAAAUGGACAAUACACAAUCUUUGGAAGAGUCAUCAGUGGAAUGGACACUUUAGACGCACUUGAAAAGGAGCCUGUUGGUAAAAAGAAUAGGCCAUUACGCGAUAUUAUAUUGAAAAAUGUUAUAAUUCACGCAAAUCCAAUAGCUGACAUGGAAACGUCAUUUUAAAUCACCACAUCUAUCUCUAAUUUCAAAUCUUAGCAGGACCAAAUCAAUUCUUUGAAUCUUUCU